AUGACAAACACGGUGCAAAAGCUACCGACAAGAAUCAUACAUGCAAUCACGGCAGAAAAUUUAUCCUCAGACAAUGUUAUAUAUUAUGACGAACGUCAAGGUUGGGUAUAUAAAAGAUUAAGUGAUGACCUUAACAACACUUCACGACAAAAUCUUAGCGAAGUUCAAUCAUCAAGUCUUGUUCAAAAUGCACGUCCACUAGAAUCACUCGGCCCUUUCGGUACUCAACCAACUGAUGUCUCUGUAAUUAUUGAACCAGGUGAAGUUAUUUAUAGAACAAAAUCAUUCAAUAUGAUAUUGAGCGAUCUUACUCAAUAUACUGUUGUCGAAUGUUUAGGACAACAUGCGCCGUUAGCGCCAAUAACUUUGCAUGGUACAGCUCGUAGCGUUUCCUAUAUCCCACAUGAUGCAACACAUUUCUGUUGGGUUUAUCCACCGAUUGAACUAAGUGAAUUAUGUGAGAAAAUAAAACAAACUAUUGAUAAAAAAGUAGCAAUGGGUGAUUUAUCAUGUACUUUCCUUGCUUUCGGUGGUUUUGUUUAUUUUCGAAUUAAUGAAUAUAAUAACUAUAUAAUGUUACAAGCUAAUGCGCUUGUGAAAGCUGAUAAUGGCCUCGUAUUUCAUGGACCUCAUGACUGGCAAUCUGCUUAUACAGCUUGUCUAGCUAAAAACGGUCGAUUUCAGGAUGUUACUGUUUCGUCACUCAUAGAUUUGGGUAUCAAAUAUUAUUGUUUUAUUAAUCCAAACGAAAAGCUUUGUAGUUCUAUUGAGGGUCAAUCAGAUUGGGCUCCUGCUAGAAAUGGUGGUUUCGUCUAUUUGUAUGGAUCUCCUGGAACUCCUCAUCCUCUUGAUCGCUAUUUUUCCAUCGCGGAUGCACCCAUCACUGAGCAAAUCAGUACACAAGUUAUGCCAUUCUCAUUAAUUCGCAAUCCACAUAUCACCGUUGAAGGAUCAAGUUCAUCCUUACCACCGCCAUCUUCAAAUAUUGACAAAGACAGAUUUAAUUGUUCAAUUUGCCUCGAUCAAACAAUUCAAUGUAUUUUAAUUCCAUCUAAUGGUGGAUUAGAAUCGAAUAUCAUAUGUCAAUUUUCUGAACAAAAUCAGACUGUAUUUUGGACCGGAAACUUCGUUCUGGGUAACAUCGAAUUUAAUCAUUCCCGUAAUGAAAAAAUGAAAUUGAAACGUAUCGAUGUUGAAUUAAUUGGUAGACUUGCUUACAAAAAUAUAUUCGCUGAUAAUACUUACAAAUCAACGAGAAACACUCGUCACAUGAUAUUCUUCAGCCAACGGCUCAAUCUAAAUUUCUCUAAUGCAAAAAGUGAUUUUCUCUUACCACGUGGCAAUUAUAAGUGGCCAUUUCGUUUCUUUCUUAACGAUUCUUUACCACCAACACUCAAAAAGAGACAAUAUUUAGAUUCAUUUAUUUAUUAUUUCAUUCAGAUCACAUUUGUCAGACGCGAAUGGUAUAAACGAAACAUCAAGAAAAUUAUACCUAUCGUUGUUAAAUAUAUGUCGUCACCUGUAGAUGAAAUGAAAGUUGAAGCACAAGAAAAGAAUCAAAAAGAUGUUCAUCUUCAUGUGAUUUUACAUAAAUCAACCAUCGCUGUUGGAAACAACGUUUCGUUUGAUAUAGAAAUACAAAAUCCUAAAGAAGUCUUAAUAAAUCGAAUAUCGGUGACUCUCGCUCAACAUUUAAAACUUGGUCCUGCUGUACACAGAAGGGUCGAUAUCCUUAAUGAAACUCUUAAAACUAUCAAUCACUUUCAAAACUCACAUCUUCAUAAAAACUUUCACUUUUUUAUUCCCCGUACAAUUCCGCCGACGUUUUCAUUUCAUUAUCCUAUGAAGAGCAAAGAACAACCAAUCAUAGUAAACUAUGAACUACAUUUCGAAGCUCAUCUUAGUGGAUUUUCUACUAACAUUCGAUUAAAACUUCCAUUGGUUAUAACCGACCAUCCACAAAAUAACUGA